CCGGCUGGUACUGCUGUACUUGCUGAGACAGACUAGGAAGACGUAUAAUGAUGAGCUGCGGGGAUUCAGUAGGACUGCCGCUUGUCUAGAUAUUCUUCAGAUCGAACGCACCGUGUGAAAUAUCUGCUUCCACUGUAACAUGCUCGUGUUACUUGAAACUUCAGAGGGUUACAGCACUCGGGACACUUCUUUCUUUCCAAAGAAUUACAGAACAGGGAGACUGCAGUGUCAGCAUCACUGGCUGAAGUCACUCUACCUUUGCAUGGAAUGAAAACAAGUUGGAUGUUUAUGGGGAAUGGUUACUUUCAUAUCUCCAUUGUACUCCCUAACCCUCUCAGUACUUUAUACUAACCAGCUGCAAACCCCUCGUUGCCUUCCUCUUUGCUGGUGGGGAUACCCCAGUGAUGUCUGCAUUCAACCUGCUGCAUUUGGUGACAAAAAACCAGCCAGUGCCCCUGCGAGCCUGUGGGCUCCCCUCAGGGUCAUGUAGGGAUAAAAGGACCUAUAAGGUGGUCUUCUCCCAGCAGGAGCUGAAGAAAAGGCUGACACCCCUGCAGUACCAUGUUACUCAGGAGAAAGGGACCGAGAGUGCCUUCAAAGGGGAGUUCACCGACAAGAAAGAUGCGGGAUCAUACACAUGCGUUGUUUGUGGGGCCCCAUUAUUCCAAUCUGAAACUAAAUUCAACUCUGGAUCUGGAUGGCCUUCGUUCUCUGAUGUGAUCAGACCUGAGUCAGUCUCUCAGACCGAUGACUUCUCCUACGGGAUGCACAGAGUGGAAAUAGGCUGCAGCCAGUGUGGCGCACAUCUGGGCCACCUCUUUGACGAUGGCCCUCGCCCGACUGGUAAGAGGUAUUGUAUCAACUCAGCUGCCUUAGCCUUCGUACCUGAAGUCGAGUCCUCAGCCAGGGAAGCUCCCAGCAAUGCCCCUGCCAGCGAGCCCACUGCCUCCAGAAAGACUGAACUGUGAGCUGCAGCGGCAGAAACGGAGCAGGCCAGGACGUUUAACCCUCUUUUCAAAAGCGUGCCGGUGCAUUCUGUUUCAAAACCAACACCCACAUACUUCCAUAUACUUGGGUUGCUUCCGUAACCAGUUCUGUUAUUUGCAAUAUACAAAUGUAUUUUUUGGUAGCAGUUUAACUUUGUAAAAGGUAAUUUUGAUAAAACGUUUGCACAAAAAGCACAUGGAAUAUAUGCUACUAUAAACACCUUUUGUAUUGUCUUUUUGUUUUUGGUUUCAUAAAGCGUCAUUGGUUAUUUAGUUGUCAUUGCAAACUAACACUGCUGAAUACAGUAGUUGUAUUACACAGUACGCUGCAAAUCAGUUUUAAAGAACGUUUUCAAAACUAAAGGGGGCUUUACAGUAUUCUGUUUACUGUAAGCAGUUACCAUGUGAAACGUUAAGAAAUACUCAGCUUUGCUCCAGUGCUGUAUUGUUUGAAGUGAUAUUUGAUGUGAGUGGAAGGGAGCCCCUAUGCAAGUGCAUUUUGUGCAGUUAAACGAGCAUCAGGCUGAGAGCUGAGCAGUCUUUCUAAUAAAAUGGUUGAGAUGACAAAUGUUUACUCUGAACAUUAACCCAGCCCCGGCCUUUAACAUAGCUGGGUUUGGGGACCAUUUUUCAAUCCGU